GCGGAGAUCUUAAAAGUAUAAUUGGUGGUGGCGUUAUGCCUCAAAGUCCCAACUCCCGUCUGUCUAAUUUCCCCUCUCCCCCUCUCCGAGCCAAAUUGGCAAAACCAUUACAAACAGAAUUAGUAUAAGUAGAUUUUUUUUUUUUUUGAGGAUGAAUCCGUAGAAAUUAAACAUAAAGAAAUAAAAUAAUUCUCUGUUCUGCAACCAGAAGCUCUCUCUCUCUCAUGGCGGAAAAAGGGCGAGCAUUGCCAAAGUUUGGGGAGUGGGAUGUGAACGAUCCAGCAUCCGCCGAGGGGUUCACCGUGAUUUUCAGCAAAGCUAGAAAUGAGAAAAGGUCACAGGGUCCCAAGCCUGCAGAGUGUCCAUCAAAGAGAGGUUCUGCACAUAAUGAACGCGGAGAAGCUACUCUUGGAAAGCCUCAAUCGAAGAAAUGGUUUUGCUGCAUGCAUUCUUCUUCUCCUGCCGAAUGAGAUGAAGAUCGGACGCACUCUCCUCCUCCACAAGACAACGGAUCGGAGCUCUAACUAAGCAGUGAUGAGUUUUUCAUUGCUGCAUUUUUGUUUUCAUUUUGCUGAGAGAGAUGUGAGUGUAUGAGUGCAAGUUUUGUGUUGCCCCCCUGCUUUUUUCUGUGAUUACAUUGAGGUCAUGCCAUGGUAAUCUCUAUGCUUUUCCAUAAUGGAUACUAUACUAGUACCUCCCUUCCAAAAUAUUUGUCCAGUUUGACAAUUUAGACAAACUUUAAUCAUUAAUUAAAUAAAAAUGGUACAAUAUA